UCAAGAUCGACACAUUGCGUCUCUAAAACCCUACUAGCAUCGGAGCAAUCGUCGAUUAGUUUGGUCUGUAAACCCUAGUUCUUCAAAAUUGUGUCCUCGUUUCAAAAUUGUUCAUCAAAUUUUUUGUAAUCCGAUGGAUACAGUUGCGCGCGGUUGCGAAAGUGGUAUCGAUUCUGUGUUUGGUGAUGAUGUAAGUGGGGAAGCGAAUCAAUCUAUGUUGAAAGUGCAAAAAGAGGAGGGGGCUGUUGUUGUUGCUGCUGCGGGGGUGAAGAAGAAGAAAAAGAAAAAGAAGAUGGACGCCGGUAAAGAGAACAACAUGCUACAUGUUUCUGCAGUGGAAGAAAAAGUUGGAUCGGUUAAGAAAGUUCCAAAGCAUGUGAAGGAGAUACAGGAGAGGCUUUCGAAGCUGAGGGAAGCCGAAGAGAGAAGAAAAAGGGAAUAUGAAGAGAAGUUGAUGAAAGAGGAAGAGGAACGUCUUAAACAGGAAGAGCUGGAAAGAUUGGCUCAAGAGAAGAAGCGGUUGAAGAAGGAGAGGGAGAAGGAGAAGCUCCUUAAGAAGAGAAAAGAAGGAAAGCUUCUCACGGCGAAGCAGAAGGAAGAGGCUCGGAGGUUGGAGUCUAUGAGGAAGCACAUACUAGCUAAUGCGAAUUUGGAUUCAUCCACUGCAGCAGCAGCAGUUGGAAAGAGAAUCAGGUACCAGAACAAAGUAUCCAAACCAAUAGAUCAAUCUGUUGAAGCAGCUAUUUCAGAUCUAAAAGAAAUCCAACAAGAUGUUGAGUCGGAGUUGGAGUUGGAUUCUGUUGAGAGAGUGGAGUCUUCGAGUUCACAUGAGGAGGUAAUUGAUGCUCUUGAUGAUGAUCAAGAAUGGGAUGCUAAAAAUUGGGACUGUGUUGACUUGAAAUUGCAGGAUUUUGCUAAUGAGGAGAGUGUGGAUGUCCCAAAGAAGUCCGAGCCUGAGAAAAACGACAAGAACAAGAACAAAAAUGUUUACGAGAAGAACCAAAAAGUAGUUGAUGUGGAACAGGACAGUUCUAAACCUGAUGAUGGGCAGAGCCUUCGGUCUCCUAUAUGUUGUGUUAUGGGUCAUGUCGAUGCUGGUAAAACCAAGCUACUCGAUUGUAUAAGAGGAAGUAAUGUCCAAGAAGGCGAGGCAGGUGGGAUUACACAACAGAUUGGAGCCACCUAUAUCCCCGCUGAGAAUAUACACGAGAGAACAAAGGGAUUGAAAGCUGAUGCAAAGAUCAAUGUCCCUGGUCUGUUGGUCAUCGAUACCCCGGGCCAUGAAGCUUUCAAUAAGCUGCGUUCCAUAGGAUCAAGGCUAUGUGAUAUUGCUGUUUUGGUCGUUGAUAUAAUGGAUGGUUUGGCGCCACAGACAAUUGAGUCGAUCAAUCUUUUGAAAGAGAACAAAACCGACUUCAUAGUUGCCUUGAACAAAGUGGACAGACUGUAUGGGUGGAGAACUUGUCGUGACGAACCAAUAUGUAAGGCAAUCAGGCAACAGUCCAAAGAUGUCAUGAAUGAAUUCAAGAUGAGGCUAACUCAGGUUAUCACUCAAUUUAAGGAGCAGGGCAUCAAUACUGAGUUGUAUUACAAGAACAAAGAGAGAGGGGACACCUAUAACAUUGUACCAACAAGUGCCACAAGCGGCGAGGGCAUCCCUGAUUUGUUGUUACUGCUGGUCCAAUGGGCUCAGAGGACAAUGGUUAAACGGCUUACAUUUAAUGAGCAUGUGCAGUGUUUUGUUUUGGAGGUUAAAGUGGUGGAAGGACAUGGGACCACAAUUGAUGUGGUAUUAGUGAAUGGUGUGCUUCAUGAAGGAGAUCAAAUAGUUGUUCCCGGCAGGCAGGGACUCAUUGUUACCACAAUUAGAGCAUUGCUAACACCCCACCCCAUGAGGGAUCUCCGGGUCAAGGGAACAUAUGUGCAUCACAGAGACAUCAAGGCUGCUCAGGGUAUCAAGAUUGCUGCGCAGGGUCUUGAGCAUACCAUUGAAGGCACCAAUCUCUAUGUUGUGGGGCCUCAUGACGAUAUAGAGGCCACUAAAGAAGCUGCUAUGGAAGAUCUGAACUCGGUGAUUAGUAGAACCGGUACAAGUAGUGUUGGAGUGUAUGUUCAGGCAUCUACUCUCGGGUCUUUAGAAGCACUGUUGGAGUUCUUGAAGACUCCGGCUGUAAACAUACCUGUCAGAGCUACAAGAAUUGGGCCGGUACACAAGAAGGACGUGAAGAUUGCGAGUGUCAUGCUUGAGAAGAGAAAAGAAUAUGCAACAAUAUUGGCGUUUGAUGUUAAAGUAACGCCAGGGGCUCGAGAACUUGCUGAUAAACGUGGUGUGAAGAUAUUCACUGCUGACAUUAUAUAUCACCUAUUCAAUCAAUUUACGGAGUACAUGGCUAAUGAUAAGGAGGAAAAGAAGAGAGAAGCUGCAAAGGAAGCGAUUUUCCCUUGCAAACUUGAGAUAAAGUAUGCUUUCAGAAGGAAGGAUCCCAUUCUCUUAGAGGUUGAUGUGGUUGAUGGCAUUGCAAAGGUUGGAACACCUCUAUGCAGUGUUCAAGAGGGAUGCAUAUUGGAUAUUGGGAAGAUAGAAUCUAUCGAAUAUAAUCACAGGCCCUUUGAUUGUGCCAAGAGAGGCCAACAGGUGGCCAUUAAGAUAGUUGGUAGCAAUCCUGAGGAGCAACAAAAAAUGUUUGGGAGGCAUUUUCAGACGACGGACCAGCUCGUAAGCAAGAUCUCCAGAAGAUCACUCGAUGCACUCGAACAACACUACAAGGAUGAUCUUUCUACUGAUGAAAUGGGCAAGUUACUUGUUGAAUUGAAGAAAAAGUUCAAGAUAACGUGAGGGAUGUUUAGAAAGUAGAGACAUGAAAGAAAAUUUGAUGCAAUUACUAGUUAUCAUGUUUUCUUAGUUAAGCCAUUUUAAUUUGUACAUACAAAUAUACAAUCUAUGGAUUUUUUGCACAUAAAUAAACAUAGGAUAUGAGUUAA